AACCACGGACAAGUAGCAGGCGGUUUCAGUCCAAUGGCUGCACCGAGACUGUACUUAAAGUAGUGGAAGCUAAUGUUAUUGUGGUGUUAUUCUUAUGAAACAAGUUCUCAAAUAAUAAUAAUAAUAAAAAAACAAUAAUGGAGAGGUUCGAGGGCUACACCUUCCCUGUUGUUUGUAGCACAAAUUUUUUAAUAUCAUGUCUUCUUUUUUCUAAAAUCACCCGGGAGCAAAGAGAGUCUUACAUGGAUGAAAUCUUUCACGUUCCACAAGCUCAGAAAUACUGUGAAGGGAAAUUUAACGAGUGGGACUCGAUGAUCACCACGCUGCCUGGGCUGUACCUGCUGUCAGUUGGAGUGAUUAAACCCGUCAUGUGGUUGUUGGGUUGGACAGGAACAGCUGUGUGCUCCACCGCCAUGCUGCGUUUCAUCAAUGUGCUUUUCAACUGUGGCAACCUCUAUGUCCUCUAUCUCCUCAUCUGCAAAAUACACCCCAAGGAUAAGUCCCGUGCAGCUGGACGGCGUGUACUCUCUGCCCUGACUCUGUCCUCCUUCCCUGUACUCUACUUCUUCACAUUCCUCUACUACACAGACGCCGGCUCCACCUUCUUCACUCUCUUCGCCUACCUCAUGUGUCUGUACAGGUGCUACAAAGCUUCAGCUCUCCUGGGGAUCUGCGCGAUCCUGUUCCGCCAGACCAACAUCAUCUGGGUGGCUUUCUGUGCCGGGACGGUCGUGGCUCAGAAAAUGGAUGAGGCCUGGAGGGUGGAACAGUCGAAAAAGAGGGAUGAGAAAUCGGCAUCGCUGAGCUUAUUGCAGCUUAGCGGCGUGAUGAGACUAGCGCACUUUUUACUGAAAUACCUCACAUUGCCAGUCAACGUAAAGAGUGUGAUUUUAUCAACCUGGCCUUAUGGGGUAGUCGCUUUGGGCUUUGUUGUGUUUGUGGUGUUGAAUGAUGGGAUUGUGGUUGGGGACAGGACCAGUCAUGAAGCCUGCCUGAACGCCCCUCAGCUGUUUUAUUUCUUCUCCUUCACGUUGAUCUUGUCCCUUCCUUUGUCUCUUUGUUACCAGAGGCUUGUCAGAUUUAUGCAGUCUCUCCGGAGGCAUCCUUUCUUCUUCCUCCUGAUCACAGCUCUGUCUCUCCUCCUGGUCUGGAAGUUCACUUUUGUCCACAAGUACCUAUUAGCGGAUAACAGGCAUUUUCCCUUCUACGUGUGGAAAAGAAUUUUCCAGAAGCACGAGCUGGUUCGCUUCGUCCUCGUUCCUGCAUAUUUGUUUGCAGCAUGGAGCUUUAUUGACACUCUGAAUUCCAAGUCGCUGUUUUGGCUCUUGGCGUUUUGCGUCUGUCUGGUGGCAGCUACGGUUCCUCAGAAACUUCUCGAGUUCCGGUAUUUUAUUCUGCCGUAUCUGCUGUACCGCAUCCACGUCCCUCUUCCAUCCCUCCCCAGACUGCUACUCGAAUUUGCUCUGUAUACUGCGGUUAAUGCGGUGACGAUCUACAUCUUCAUCCAGAAGACAUUCCAGUGGCCUGAUAGUCCUGCAGUGCAGAGAUUCAUGUGGUGACAUGGGACUGCUGUAUACGGAAGCCGCGAGAGGCCCUUCAUAUAAUCUUUUUUUAUUCACCUUGUAAUCCCGAGAUAACGACAUAAUUAAUUCAGGAUCUCGAGAAAACAACACCGUUAUCCCGAGAUAACGACAUAAUUAAUUCAGGAUGUCGAGAAAACAACACAACUAAUUCGAGAUCUCGAGAAAACAAAACAAUUAUUCCGUGAUCUCGAAAAAACAAGACAAUUAUUUCGUGAUCUCGAGAGCAGAGCUGCGCCCCCUUGUGGGUCAGACAACGGAGACUGAGAAAUUGGCGGACAUGUAACAGAGCAGAAAUGGCUUUUUACGAUGCCUUGGGGGGGGCAGUCUUCUGCGGAGGUGCCGCGGACUAAUUUUGAAAUGAUCCCUUAUUAAAAGACUUAAUGCAAUCUCUCCCUGUGUCAACACCUGAUCAAAAUAUUGCCUUAUUAGGUGAUCGAUUAUUCCAGACAUUCUAAUGACCAAAGUUGCGUCUAUACAGAAUGAGAAAUAGCCCCAAAGUCAGCAUAUCACAAGUCUCUUGGCGCACCUGAAUGAACCAUUUCUCAGCUGUUUACUCGAGAUCAUGAAAUAAUUGUUUUGUUUUCUCGAGAUCUCGAAAUAACGGUUUUGUUUUCUCAAGAUCUCGAAUUAGUUGUGUUGUUUUCUCGAGAUCCCGAAUUAAUUAUGUCGUUAUCUCGGGAUAACAAGGUGAAUAAAAAAAAAGGAUUAUAUGAAGGGCCUCUCUCGGCUUCCGUAGCUGUAAAGGUUUCAGGGUUUUGUUUUGUUUUUGUUUUUUUAAACAGAGGAAAUGUGAUCAUAGUUCUUAUUUCUUGCUUCCUGCUCUGACCACCUUCUUACUCUACAUUCAUAUCAGCAAACACAAACAUUACCGGGGUUAUGCUUAAUGUAUGUAUGUGUGUGUCUGCUGGAUCUUUUGAGUUAUCACUUGUCUGUUAUGUGCAUUAGUAAACAGAGCUGGGCAAUAAUUGAAAAUUUGUCGCAGUGCAGUCGCCAUGAAACUAACUUUCACCUUUUAAGCACAAUGUGUGUCUGUUGUUUUCCGACUCUUUGUGUGGCAGCCAGUCAGAAAGUGGGCAGAAACCACUGGAAAUAGAAAAGAGACAGCGCUUGUGGACUGAAUCAUCUGCAUAUUAUUUAUUAUUCUAUGCACAUUCACCCGAUAUGAGCAAUCACGCGCUCUGAUUGGCUACUCUACUACUAGGCUAUCAGCUCAUAUACCGUGAGUAGAGAAAAACAAAAUGGCAGCACGUGUUGCUGAAUGUUAAAAAAAAAAACUCUACUUGAAAACAAAAAUACAAAAAAAAGCAACAACAUAUGGAAUGAAAGUAUUUGAUGGGCAGAUUUUUUUUAAGUAUUAUUAUUAUCGCAUUUUUCACAAAUUGCUCCUGUCAUUUUUUUACAUUCUAAACGGAAAUGAUUUUGUCGGACAUUUUGUAUAAAAGUCUUUAUUUAUCAAAUUUGAAAAAAAUAAAAAUAAAAAAUGCCCUGUCUCUCAAAAUCCAGUGAAUGUGGAUAGAAUAAAAUAGUUAUUCCACUCAGUCUCGUUAAAGGACAAAUGUUUGGGGGGAAAAAACGUUUUUAGACCCGUAUUUUUUUAUUCUGAUCAAAUAUUUAUCACCCAGCUCGAGCUUACUGUCUUAUCGUGUCUUGGGCGGCACGGUGGUGUAGUGGUUAGCACGGUCGCCUCACAGCAAGAAAGUUCUGGGUUCGAACCCAGUGGCCGGCGAGGGCCUUUCUGUGUGGAGUUUGCAUGUUCUCCCCGUGUCUGUGUGGGUUUUCUCCGGGUGCUCCGGUUUCCCCCACAGUCCAAAGACAUGCAGGUUAGAUUAAAGGAACAGUCCACCGUACUUCCAUAAUGAAAUAU